CAAAGCUGACACUACCAUACCCCGACCCGAAGUCCAACGAUGGAUUUGUGUGAAGAGGAGGUGGUCUCCCUAUGAUGAGGAACAGAAUGGCUUUUGUAUUGGAAUUGGCUAGGCUACCCCGUCAGCUUCGAGUGCUCAAGAUGAUGGCUACCGAUGGCCUGGAAGGUCGGAGUUAAAGAACAUGACGAGCGAGUUGAGGUCACGAACUGUAUCUACAGCGACGGGCACUUGUGUGGAAGGCCCUGGUAUUACUCUGAAAGCGUCAAUAAAUUCGGCGAUGGAGGCUUUCCGGUCUCUCGGGGAUUCGGGGAAGCUGAGUUUGUGACGAGGUACUCAUCUCAUCAAGCGAAAGAGUCGCCAAACCGUACUUUGAUACGGUUGGACAGCAUCGACGGCCACGUAGACAAGAAACUUCAAGGAUGGCAAAGGCAGGUCAUCGGGUCACAGCAAGAACAUCCUGUAGAUGUGGCAUUAACGUCAAUUUCGUCAGAUAGUAUCGACUCUAUCCUGCCACCGCCCUCGUACCAGAAGACGAACCCCCACUCAUCCAUCACCGACCCAUAUCCUAGGGCGUCUCAACGGAAUCCUUCAAGUAGGAAAUCAGAGCCAGUAUCCCUCAUCCACGAGCCGCUCAGAAAUGCGGAAACUCUCUCUCUCCUACCCCGAGGCCGAGUACCAGAUAGUCCACGACUUGACUCUCCGCCUCCAUUGGUGUGCCGCUUCUGCAAAACCGCUCACUAUAGGGAGCUGGCUCCAAGUCGACGAAAUUUCGUAUUCGUCGCAUAGAAUCAAGAAAAGGUUGGCGCAAAUACACAAGAGCCGAAAAAAAGACUUCGAUAACAUGAAAAUGUGACGGAGACAGCGGCACUGUAAAAUCCUCGGUCGCAUUGGAAGCCGAGGUUGGUGUGCCGUUCCGUCGAUCCAUCAAUGCAAAGAUCCAUACGCUCUCUCCUCUUUUUUUGGUUUCCAACACUCGAAUCGAAAAUAAAAUAAUCGGAUGCCCUCGCCUCCCGAUGCUGAUGUAAGAGAGAUCAUUUCCCAAGGUGCCUCUCCCGAUAUGUGUACUCGAACAAGAAAACU